AUGGAACGAGACAAGCGGGUCGGUCCUGGUCAUUGGAGGGGGUGCCACAACUUCACCGAUAUCAUUUGCGAUGGAUCUCCUAGAGACAUGUCCACUGCCCGCUCAGGGGGCCUCAAAAUGGGAGGCACCUACUGGUACUACUACGUGCUAGACGACGAUGUGGAAUUCUUUAACCAGGCCGAACCCGUUACCUCUCUCUGUCCCCUACUCCCCGGACAACCCGUCAAUGUUCUCCAAGUGCCCAUCAUUCUCCCCGAUACACGAGCAGCCCAGGCCGGCGAUGACAGCGCCGGCGCCCUGAACGCCGAUCAGCGGACAAUGAAUCCAGACGACAAAUACAUGAACCCGCGAAGACCUCCUAAGCCGAAGCUCCGUUUGCGCACGUCGCCUCCCCUGUUGCAACAGCCGGCUCCAAAUUGGUCAUUCAGCACUUCUCCAUUGGGCCUGAUUACCAACAAGAGUGUCUCCCAGCCGACCAGCUCAUCGGCAAGGGGCAAGAAACAAGAUGCGGCCAAAGGCUCAUCCAAGCCCGCGCGGUCGGUGUCUCCACCGCGCUCUCGAGGCUUGCGGGCAGCGUUCCGGCAAUGGAAUGCGUCGUCGCCGGAUCUCGGUGCCGCGUACAGUCGAGAUGGCGAACUUGAGAGACCAGUGGCGGCGUCCGGCUAUAUGGCGCUUGGAACAUCCCGCGAUUGCCAUCGUGGAUUCGAUCUGCAUUCUCGAAACGGCUCCAGGAGUCUGUCAUCCAAUGCGACCGACCCGCAGAAUGACGUUACUCCAAGACGCCCCGCAUCUACUUGCGAGCCUGGUUUCAUGCCAUUGUCUAUUCGGGACCGGCGUGCUCUGAACUCCAAAUCGGCGGAGCACGCAUUACCUCGGAAUCCAUUGACUGUGCAGACUAGGCCAGAUAUCAAGAUUUCCGCCGUUGUCGAUAGUCGCAAUAUUCAUUCCCAUGCGACUCAGGAGUCGAUCUCGUCUUUGGAUUCGCUUGUGUUACAGCCAACGGCGACUAUUCCUCGUCCGUCAGAAGAUGCGACGACACCCACUGCCUUCAAUUUCCGUGAGAAGCGCCUGCCCACGCUACCAAACUCGCCAUCUUCCGUUAUGGACGAGGCGCUCCGUGAACUGGAAGAACGAGAGCGAGAGCUGGACACCGAGUACCUUGGCAGUCACUUUUCAGAUUUCAGUGAAACGGACGACUCAAUCGCCAGCGACUCACCCUGCGAGAGAAGCCACUUCUCGGAGUGGAGUACUGACACCGAGUUCGUUUCGCCAGAGUCCAUGACAUCCUCGCAAGCAUUCGGCGACGAUAACCAAAACUCCCCUGUUCCGGACACCUUGGAAGUGCCCGACCUAUGGAAAACCUCGGCUCCGACCGAAGCCAGCGAUCCCGAUACUCCCCAUCUCACCGUCAAUUCCAAACUAUCCCCUACGACGGUUGGGACCGACUCCCCGCGACUGGAGCUCCCCCUUCCUCAGCUAACAAGACAUCCUUUCCUGGCCAGUCCGUCAUGCAGGAAAUGA